AUGUGCCAUGUGUUUACGUAUUUGUGUAUUGGUCAGGAUAUAUUUCUGGCGGGGGUAGAUACAGGCGCUAUAACCAUGAUAUGGGCGAUGACUGAGCUCGCUAGAAACCCUAGAGUGAUGAAAAAGGCACAAGAAGAGAUUCGAACCACCCUGGGGCUCAAAAAGGACAGAAUCAAUGAAGAAGACAUAGACAAAGUUGAAUACUUGAAGCUCAUAAUCAAGGAAACAUUCAGAUUACACCCAGCACUCCCAUUUUUACUCCCAAGAGAGACAGUGUCUCACGUCAAGAUCAAAGGCUACGACAUUCCUCCCAAAACACAAAUCCAACUUAACGUGUGGAGGAUCGGACGUGAUCCCGAGCGCUGGACCGACCCUGAAGACUUCAUCCCUGAGCGGUUUACAAAUAGUUGUGUGGAUUUUAGAGGACAAAACUUUGAGCUAUUACCGUUUGGCUCUGGCAGGAGGAUUUGUCCUGGGAUGCCAAUGGCGAUUGCUACUGUGGAAUUAGGACUUUUGAAUUUGCUCUACUUCUUUGAUUGGAGAUUGCCUGAAGGGAUGGUAAGUGAAGAAGAUAUUGAUAUGGAAGAAGCUGGUAAUCUCACCAUUGUCAAGAAACUACCUCUUCAGCUUGUGCCUGUUCAACGCCAUUUGUGA